GCGGGCGGGAAGCUCCUCGUCCUUCCGUUGGCCUGGAUUCCCUUCCAGACCCCGCGCUGCCCCCGCCCGGAGCCCGGAUCCCCGCCACCGUUCCCCCGGGACACGGCGGCUGCACCGGGCCGGACCGCUUGUGUCCCGGAACCAGGAGGUGGACGGGGGGGAGCGACGGAAGGUGACGCGGUGGGACCGCCGGAAGUGGCUGCGGCGUGGUGAUGGCGGUGGUGGUGCCGGGACCCGUCAGUCGGGGGAGAUGGACGAACAAGGAGCGAGUUCUGAUCUUCUCUUCGCGGGGGAUUAGCUACCGGACACGGCACCUGAUGCAGGAUUUGCGCACACUGAUGCCUCAUGCUAAACCAGACACCAAAAUGGAUCGCAAGGACAAGCUGUUUGUCAUUAACGAGAUAUGUGAAAUGAAGAACUGCAAUAAAUGCGUGUACUUUGAAGCCAAGAAGAAGCAGGAUCUGUACAUGUGGGUCUCCAACGUACCCCAUGGGCCAUCGGCCAAGUUCCUGGUGCAGAACGUGCACACCCUGGCAGAGCUGAAGAUGACGGGGAACUGUCUGAGGGGGUCCCGGCCUCUGCUCUCCUUCGAUCCGACAUUUGAUCAGGAGCCUCAUUACCAGCUGCUGAAGGAGCUCUUCAUCCAGACCUUCUCCACUCCCCAGUACCACCCGCGGAGCCAGCCCUUCAUCGAUCAUGUCUUCACCUUCACCGUCACCGACGGACGCAUCUGGUUCCGCAACUACCAGAUCAUCGAGGAGGACGGCUCCCUGGUGGAGAUUGGACCUCGGUUUGUUCUGCAGCUCAUUAAGAUUUUCCAGGGCAGUUUUGGGGGUCAGACCCUCUACGAAAACCCGACCUACCGUUCCCCAAAUGUGCACCGACGGGACCUGCGGACCGCGGCCGCCGCCCGGUUCGCGGAGAAGCAGAACAUGAAGGACCUGCAGCGACUGCGGCGAGGGGAGCGCCUGACGACCCUGCCCGAGGACCCCACCCACGCCGUCUUCGACACGCCCGCCCCACAGAAACCGGCCCAGGUCCAGUGGGCACCCCCAGAGCCAGUCCCCAGGCCCAGGCCCAGGAAAAAGCUGUACAAACGGCAGCGGGUCAGGCUGCAGCAGUAGGGUCCAGGGGUGGGGGCUCUGUACCCCCCCCCCACCCCCAUCAGCAACGGGUGUCCGGGUGAGGGGGCUCCAUACCCCCAUCGGCAGUGGGGGUCUGGGAAGGGGGCUCUGUACCCCCCCCCCACCCACAUCACACCCAUCAGCAACAGGGGUCCCAGGGGUGGGGGUUCUGUACCCUCCCUCCCCAUCAGCAGUGGGGAUCCAGGGGAGGGGGCUCUGUACCCCUUCCCUUCCCCCCCCAUUGGCAGUGGGAGUCCGGGGAAGGGGCUCUGUACCCCCCUUCCCUCCUCUCCCCCAUCGGCAGUGGGGAUCCCAGGGGAGGGUGCUCUGUGCCACCACCGCACCCCCCCCCCCCCCAUCAGCAACAGGGGUCCCAGGGUGGGGUCUCUGUACCUCCCCCUCCCCCUUCCUCCCCCAUUGGCAGUGGGGGUCCUGGGGGUGGGGGCUCUGCACACCUCUCUGACCCAGGGGAGGGGCUGGUCACACCUCUUUCCCCCCCCCCCCCCCACCAACUCUGUACCCCAGGGGAGGGGUGAAUCCAGUGGGAGGGGUUCCUCCCCAGGUCGGGCUGUUCCUGGUGCAGCAGCCGGACCCUGGUCUCCCUGCUCUAGGGGUGCGGGGUAGUGGGAGCAGUGCCCUGGGGGUGGGGGGGGGGGGGGAGAGCAGUUGCCAGGUGGGGUGGGGGCAGUGUUGAUCCGGGUCUCCCUGCCUCCCCCUGGGGUGGGGAGAGGAGCAUUGGGUGGGGUGUAUCUGUACAGUCAGACGGUGCCACAGUAAACAUUUGUUUCCAA